CGCGUAGAUUAUGGAUGUAGUCCUCUGUCGUGGAGGUGGAAGAUUACAAACACUAGUUCUCACUAGAGACAUUGACUCACUAAAUAAAUUUCUAAAUAAUGGAUAUGACGUGAACAAUUUUAAUCGAUAUGGUGAAACUGCUUUGUAUGUUGCAUCUUAUUAUGGAGACCUGGAUAUAGUCGACUUACUGCUAAGUAAAGGUGCUGAUCCGAACUUGUAAGUAACAUCAUCUUUCAGGCCCCAAACAUAAACAACUGUUGGUGAUUUAGGUACACUAUGGAGGGAAAUACACCCCUACAUGCAGCUGCUUAUCGAGAACGUAUGGAUGUUAUGCAAAAGCUCAUUGAUUCCGGCGCAAAAGAACAUUUAAAGAAUGAACAUGGUUUUACUGCUUCUGAUCUUAAGCUAAAACACUCUCAGGAAACGCGUACUAAGUUAUUUUAAGAUGAGAAACGCAUAUAAAUUAUCAUGCUUCAUAGAUGAAUCAUAUGACUGUACUCCUAAAAGGUCUUUUGAACUAAAAAAACUUUAUCAUGAUCUCGACAGAAAACGCCGACCUAAGCUUUUCAGAAAUGGAGUUGAGUAUUUUACACCAUUUUGUGCAUUCACAUUUGAUCACUUACAGAUUAUGCGUGCAUUAGUUACAAGCAUUCCAGUGAAUAGUUUCUCCGAACUCGAAGAAGAUCCUCGUACUAGUCUUCACUCUGAUAACUGUGAUUUUUUCAUUAGAGACCGUAAACUUUGGCACGGAGGCAUAUCUGUUUUAAUGCACCAAAUUAAUCGUAAUAAGUUGACGCCAGUUAGAAAUUCUGAUAUCAAAAGCAAAGUUGUGAUUCAAAAUUUAAUUAUUCGUGAAUUAGAAGUGUGCAGCCGUAUUCAUCAUCCAAAUAUUAUCAGCUUAUUGGCUAUAAUCUAUGAUACCGUUUCAUAUGAGUCAAGUGAUCAGUCAAUCAACCCUGAUAAUAUGGCCUUAAUCUAUGAAUAUCCCUGCUUAGGCACUAUGUAUGAUUACAUUCAAAUAAAUCGUAAUAAUUUAUCCACACUAUCAGCCCUUGUUAUUUCAUGUCAAAUCUCUGAAGCUCUAAUAUUUCUACAUUCCUCUGGUAUUGUUCAUUGUGGUGUCACUCCAUACUCCGUGCAUCUGUAUGCACUUGACAGAGCGAAAUUAGGCAAUUUUGAAUAUGCACAAUAUAUACAAAGUUAUGAGCAUCCAGAAACAGGAGAUCAUUAUUACUCAGAUGACUGUUCCAUGCGCAAAUGCAAGUCCAGUGAUCAUCAGCGAUCAUCUUGCAAAUUAACUCAUCUACCGUCAAUAUAUAACUUACUUUUUGGUGCGUACUAUCUUCCACCGACGCGGUUAACUGACUGGUUACCACCUGAGUUAUAUGAUCCAAAAAACAAAUUAUUCAACUUGACUGACUUCUCAUCCGUAUUUCAGUCAGUUUCAAUUGAGGAGAUACGCCAAACAAUAAAGCCAUGCACAGCUAGUGAUGUGUUCAGUCUAGGUAAAUUGGUUUAUUUCGCUUUGCCAGUAGCCAAAGAAAACUACCAGGAUAAUAUUGCAGUCUAUAAUGCUCCUAGUAACCCAUUGGCUUUAGUUUCAUCGGCUGUACAGUGCAAUGCAGAUGAACGUUUACCAAUGAAGCAAUUCAAUCGACUAUUGAUACACUUAUUUUGGGUGGAAUAUGAUCGUGAAAAAUCACCAAAAGGUCUAUUUGAAAAUAUACCCCCAUGUCCCUUGAGACUUUGUGAUCACAAAUGGAAGCCACGUUAUUCUGAACCUGUCCCAAUUUUGUACACUAGGAAUCCAAUCAGUAAUCCUUUUCCAAGAACUAUUUCCCCAAUUCAUGGUCAGGCGCUAAAUUCAUUUGACAAUGAACGAAAAAUGAAUAAGAGAAUGGAAAAGUCAUUCAGUUGUACACAUCGAUCACUUAUCAGUGCAGAAAAUUCAAAAAGUAUCACCAAUUCAAGUAAUCCAUCAGCUUCAACCAAAAUGGUUAACAUUUCUGGUAGUAAUCAAAGCGAUUCACGCUUACUAACAAAAAACUCUGAAAAGCUAAGAUUGCAACUGGUUAAAAGGAUUACCAAUCGAAGUGAUAACCGACCUAAAAAGGGGCAUAAACGAUCUUGGCACAAAAUGUUCACGAGUAAAAAGCGGCUUACUUCUACGAAGCAAGACACUUAUGAAUCUGAGUCAAAGGAAAAAUUUGAAAAUUCGAAUAGUUCAGAAAAAAAGAAAAAACCGGAACUACAGACAAGCUCACAGCCAGCUGUAGAUUGCGGAAAUAAUUCGGACAGGCGUGUCAAAGUUAUUCUCAGUAACACAGAAAAUGAAAAGAAUAAUUCAAGACUUUAUCCUUCUUUUACGGAUUGGUUAACACGUCGAAGAAAUAAAUUGCCGGAUCAACAUCUUUCACCAGAUAUCAACAUAAAACUUCAAUGUGAUGCUGAUUCAACUCCUGUUGCAAGAGCUGAAAUGAUCCCGAGCAAUACAUCAAAUUAUUUGAUCGCCAACUUAUCCCCCACUAAUUCUAGUCGCAAAUCUUAUAAUUUAUCCAGGCGUUUUCGGCUAACAAAAUCUGAAUAUGUUCAUCUAGCUGCUGUACCCUUACUACCAGAUGGUGUUGAAGUGAAUCAUGACUUGGUUACAAGAAGGGAACAAAAACAAAUGCAUCAAACUCCAGUUUCUCACUCAAUACCUCAAUGCAUGAAUAAUCAACCUGUUCUUCCACUAGAUGACUCAGUUAGAACCCAUACGGAUACUUCACAGAAUAGUCAAGGUAUUUCUCCUGAGAUUGUUUGCAGCAAAUUGAAUGCUUACUUAAAUAGACCGACUAACCUGAAAUUCGAGUUGAAUACACCGGUAAAACCAGCUUCACAUAUAACACAAGUAUUAUCCAGUUCAGUGGAGAAUCCUUAUGUUUCCGGUAGAAUCGAUCUGAUUCGUACAUCAAGUUUUCUUGCUCGUAAACGGCGAUAUCUUAAUCAAUUACGAACUUCUCAAGAGUUGUUAUCAUUCUCAGCAGUCAACAGUUUUAUGCAUUCUAAGAAUCACUCAUUUAGAAUGUCACCUGACCCUCAUGCUAUCACACAUCGACGAGUAAAUAGCUUUCCAACAAUCAAUACGAAACCUACAGUUGUAUCGACAAGGUCAAGAAAUCAUGAUGCAUCAGUUCAAACUGAUUAUUCAACUUUUCAUAAGUCAUUUCAUUCUGAUAACAAAACUGAGUUACAAAGCUAUUGUUCGGGAGAUGCAGAUACAGUAUUAAGGCGUAAUUCACCCUAUCAAAGAGUUGAAAGUCUGUUAAAGAAGUCAAGUAUAAAAUUCAAUGAAAAGGGACUGUUUGAUGUCCGAUCUAUAAUUCAAAAGUAUGAAAGUUAUGAAUCAACUGGCAUGUCCAGUCAUCAAAUAUCACCAGAUGUAAUCACUUCUGGCCAAUUGUCGUCGAAAUACAGUAGAAUAUCUUCAAACCAUGCUGUAAUGAAUAAGUCACUGUUAGCAAACAGUUAUCAGGCAAAUAACCAUAAUAUAAAUGAAAUGUCUAAAUCAACUCAGUGUGAGACAAACGUUUUAUCAUCCCCUUGGUGUGCCUCAUUAUCUUCUAAAACGUCGAUUGGUAUACAGUGUAACAUUUUUGAUGAGUCAUCUAAUCAAAUGAAACAGAUUUGUAAUGCAAGUGUACAAACAGAAAUGAAUGAUGUACAGCAGCUGCAUUUAGGCAGAUCUGCCGAACUAUGUACAGUUUCAAAGAACCAGAUCCCAUUACCAAUUAAUAGGGAGGCUUCAGGUUCCGAAAUGACCAUUUCGUCCUCUGAUGACUUCUUUAACUUGCCAAAACCUGGGUUGAAUAGUAGUUUAAGGAGGUCAUCUGAACUUAAUGGCAACCAAAACCUUUGUAAACCACUUUCUAAUUCGAUGCUGGAAAUUAACAACUUCACUCGAUUUCUAAAACCAUUGAACUCAAAAUGGCAUAAAUCAGCAAGUUUUCAUUUCGACAAGACAAAAACUAUAACUGAUCGUCACACAGAUGAAGGCGUUAUCUUCCCCCAUAAAAUUCAAUCAUUUCAUUAUUAUUACGAUAUUUCUUCAUCCUAUGGAUCAUUUCCAACACCACCUGUCUUCCAAGAAGAAAAACGAAACUCAAGUAAAGUGAAAUCUGAUGAUGAAUAUCAUAACUUUCUGAAUAUCCCAUUGUCAGGGACUAUUUCAAGCUGUAAAACACCUGAUUACCGUAAUCAAUCGAUAUUGUAUGUUGAAUCGUCUGAGAGUUUGUUUCACUUUAAACAACCAUCACCACCACCAUCAUCAUCAGCUUGUCAACUGAAGAGAACUCCUCUUUCUGAAAUCCAUUCAAACGGUGGUAAUUGUCAGUAUUCAUGCCAAAAUGGCAAUAAACACAUUACAAGUAAUAAACAACUACCCAGUCCUUCAACUUCAUUCCAUUCAAGUGAAAAUUUACCACCAGUCCAAAAAUGAUCAUCAACAUCAGUUUCAUCUUUGUCAUCGUCAUCUUCGCUAUUUUCUUAAUUAUAUUCUUUUCAGAUAUCUUCAGUGGAUAAAUACUCACAGUAUACAUUCUGUGUACUAGAGAGUUAACGUAAAAAAAUUAUUCACUUGAGAUUGUUAAUUUAAUUGUUAGCUUUUAAAAGUUGGGAUGAGAAGCAAGGAUCUGUAAAAUUCUUUUCCAAAUUUUAUUCCCCCAUUACACAAACUUUCAUACUUGUCAUUAUUAUUAUUAUUAGUAUUAUUACCAUCACAUAAUUUGUAAUAUACUCAUACAUAUGUUACAAUUGUUUCACCUUUUCGCUAUCGCACUGUAAUCAUUUUACUUAUUUGCUUAUCUUGGUUAUAUUGUCUCAUAAGCCUGGUUUUAGAAAAUCAUAUGAUUGCACCUUAGAACUUCCAUUCUUUUUACAAUAGUAGAUUGAC